AUGGCUAAAAGGAUAGGGCGAUUUCACGGCAGCCAUAUAGUUCGUGCCAUUGCUGCGCUGACAUUAGUUGGGCUGGUAUGGUAUUUCUUCAACACUGAUUCUUCGAUGAGUGUAUCGGCACCAAUGGCAGGUCGUCUACGGGACACUGUUGAGCCAGUUAGCAAUGUUGAGAAGAGCGGUAGUGGGGUGAGUCAAGAGGAUAAGAUGAAAGCCAUUGAUGAUGCGACAAUUAUGCCCCUAAUGGAGGACAAACAAGCCAAGGUAGAGCUCGGGAGAGCUUCAUGGAAGUAUUUCCACACGUUACUGGCGCGGUUCCCUGAUAAGCCAACUAAAGAGGAGAGACAGAAGUUAAAGACGUUUUUAGAGUUGUAUGCUGAACUAUAUCCCUGUGGUGAAUGUGCGUACCAUUUCGUUAAGUUGAUGGACAAGUAUCCACCGCAGACCUCAAGUCGUACUGCAGCGGCGCUGUGGGGAUGUCACGUACAUAACAUAGUCAAUGAGUAUUUGAAGAAACCGGAAUACGACUGUAGUACAAUCCUAGAGGAUUACGAUUGUGGCUGUGGGGACACUUCGGUAAAGAAUAACAAAGUUACCGUUGAGAAAGAAGGCAGACAGCACGGCUAG